AUGGCAAAAACUAGAGGUGGAAAAACUACAAAUAAUAAAUCUAAUGAACCUGCUCGUGCUUUAUUUGUGCCAAUAAAUUUUAAUAAUAAUGUACUGAUACCAGCUAAUAAUAUAGCUCGAUCAAUUCAACGAAGCCAAGACUCUUAUAAUUAUAAUGAUUAUUCGUCAAAUUAUGCAAAUCAUACAAGAUUAUCAUACAACGUUAAUCCAGAAUUAAUUCAUAAUUUGCCAUCAAAUGUUCUGAUUCAGUCGAAUUUUAUAAAUCCAAAUUUGACUUAUAAUACUUAUUCAUCAAGUAAAAAUUUCAAUAGAUUACAAGUCUCAUAUAAUAAUACAAAUAAUUUUGAAGACAGAUCCAUGAUAUCCAAAAACUCUGUUAUAUCAGAGCAGCAGCAUAGAAGUUUGUCACAAGCAACCACUAUGUCAUUGGACGAAGUAUCAGAUUUGUAUUCACCAACUUAUCAAGAUAAAGACUCCUCAUGGCAGCAAAAUUCUUAUAACUAUCAUAAAGAGAAUAAUUUAAAAUCAAAUCUACAACCUCAGCAUACACUAGUAAAUUCUAAUAAUAUGGCUAAUAUGGCUACACAAUGA